GCAUUUUAAGACACCGCAAACGCUGAGGUGGACGAAGAUUCAUUAGAUUAGGGUAAGAUGCGAUUAUUCAGUGUGAUAUUAAUUGGCGUUUUGCUGACCUUGGCAUGGGGCGUCGAUAAAAAUAACUUUAAACGAUGUGACCAGAGCAGUUUUUGCAGACGUUGUCGUAAAAUUCAGCCGGGAAAUUCGCCGUACAGUUUGGUAUUUAGCAGUUUAAAGACGUACAAGACUUAUGUAACGCUGGAUAUGAAAAAUAACAACAAUGGGCACGAAUUUUUGUUGAAACUGGAGGCAGUGAAAGGAGACAAAUUCCACGUUGAAGUAAAUGAGAAGCAACCGCUGCAUCCGAGAUAUCGCGUCGAAGAUGGCUUGAAAGGUCCUUUGGAGUUUGAGAGUAUUUCUGUUGUCGAGAAGAACGAUCAACACAUUUUGAUCAAGUACGGAGCUCAUAAAGCUGAUUUAAUUAUGAAUCCGUUCCGCAUUGACUUUUACAACACGGAUAAAUUGGUUGUUUCGAUGAAUGCUAAAGGUCUCAUGAACUUUGAACAUUUACGAAAGAAGCCUGAACCAGCUGAAGAACCAGAAAAUCAAGAAAACGCCGAAAAUGAAGAAAAACCCAAAGACGAAGCUGAUCCCGGAGAAUGGGAAGAAAAUUUCAAGGGACAUCAUGAUUCGAAGCCUUUGGGACCUGAAGCUGUUGCCAUGGACUUUACUUUUCCCGAAGCUUCUGUCUUAUUUGGCAUUCCAGAACAUGCGGAUUCGUUCUCGUUGAAGCCCACAGUCGGCGAUGAGCCAUAUCGUUUGUACAAUUUGGAUGUCUUUGAGUAUGAAUUGAACAGCGGAAUGGCUUUGUAUGGUUCAGUUCCCGUUAUUUAUGGUCAUGGACAAGAACGUUCCGCCGGCGUAUAUUGGCAAAAUGCAGCAGAAACUUGGGUCGACAUUCACAAUACCAACUCCGAAAAGAACGUCAUGUCAACAAUUGUUGAUUUUGUCGCCGGCAACAGCAAAAGUGAAGCUCCCGUUGCUCAUUUCAUGUCUGAAAGCGGCAUUCUCGAUGCAUUCAUCUUAAUGGGACCCACGCCAACGGAAGCUUUCAAGCAAUAUACCGAUCUUACGGGCACAGCUCCUCUUCCGCAAAUGUUCGCCAUUGGUUAUCAUCAGUGUCGAUGGAAUUACAACGAUGAACAGGACAUCGCGAUGGUUCAUGCGAAAUUUGACGAGUAUGACAUUCCCUUCGACACUAUUUGGCUCGAUAUUGAGUACACAGAUGGCAAAAGGUACUUUACAUGGGAUCAACAUAAAUUCCCGCAUCCCGUUGAAAUGGUGAAAAAUUUGACGGCAAAGGGAAGGCAUUUGACAAUUAUCAUCGAUCCUCAUAUUAAACGCGAUUCGGGAUAUUUCUUCCAUAAUGAGUGCACGGAUAAGGGACUUUAUGUGAAAAAUAAGGAAGGACAGGACUACGAUGGAUGGUGUUGGCCCGGAUCAUCGUCAUAUCUCGAUGUUUUCAACCCGGAAGUGCGUCGCAUCUACGCCGAUCAGUAUUUGUUGGAAAAUUUCAAGGAACAAACCGAAGAUAUGGGCUUAUGGAACGACAUGAACGAACCGAGUGUCUUCAAUGGACCCGAAAUUACGAUGUUAAAGGACAAUCGUCACUUUGGCGGAUGGGAACAUCGCGACGUUCACAAUUUAUACGGACAAAUGAUGAUCAAGGGAAGCUUUGAUGGUCUCACGAGACGCGCUCAUGGCAAAUUACGACCUUUUAUUCUCACCCGAGCGCAUUUCUCGGGCACGCAACGUUACGCGGCGGUCUGGACAGGCGACAAUAUGGCAGAAUGGGGUCAUUUAGAGCAUUCCAUCAAGAUGUGUUUGUCCUUAUCUGUUGCUGGCAUCUCAUUUUGUGGCGCCGAUGUCGGAGGUUUCUUCGGAAAUCCCGAAGCAGAGCUCUUUGAACGUUGGUAUCAAGCUGGUUCGUUCCAACCUUUCUUCCGUUCACAUGCGCAUAUUGACACGAAACGACGUGAGCCAUGGUUGUAUCCGGAAAAUACUCGGUUGAUUAUUCGAGAUGCGAUUCGGAAGCGUUAUAGUUACUUGCCGUUUUGGUACACGAUGUUCUAUGAGCACGAAAGGAACGGAUUGCCGAUCAUGAGACCCGUUUUAGCGCAUUAUCCGACAGAUAAGGACAGUUUUGCGAUAGAUUAUGAGUAUUUGUUGUCGGAUAAGUUGCUUGUGAGACCUGUAAUGACCAAGGGAGCUACCAAAGUUGAUGUUUAUUUCCCCGUGAAGAAGGAUAAGGAAGGAGAUAUUUGGUAUGAUAUCGACGAUUAUUCGCCGUACAAGUCAACUGGAUCAGUUUCUGUCUCAGUUAACAGUUAUAAGACGCCUGUCUAUCAACGAGGAGGCACAAUUAUCCCCAAAAAGGAACGCGUUCGUCGUGCAGCAACUUUAAUGCACAAUGAUCCCUUCACUCUCGUCGUUUGUCUCGACAAAAAUCAAGCAGCAAAGGGAACUUUGUACAUUGACGACGAAAAGAGCUACGAUUACCGUCACGGAGAUUAUUUGUACACACAAUUCGACUUCAAGGACAACGUUUUGAGCAACAAAUUCAUCGACAACAACAAAAAAUACAAGACAAAAACCUGGUUGGAACGCGUUGUUCUCGCUGGAUUGACAAAAACUCCCAAAUCCGCAACAUUACGAGUGAACGACGGAUCCGCUGAAACAUUGGAAAUUUAUCGUCUCGGAAAUACGCACAUCAUUCGGAAGCCCGGCGUGAAUAUGGUUGAUUCGUGGUCCAUUACCUUGAACUAUUAAGUAGAAAAAAUUAAGUGUUAGAUAAAUUUGAUGAAAAAAAAAUCCUAUUUCCAGAAUGUUAUCAUUGAAAUUAAUUUAGGAAGGAGAACGCAAUGAGCAUUUAAAAUAGAAAUUUAAAAAAAAAAAUG